CACCAGCCGCCGCGUCCGGUCGCCUCCGGUUCUGCGCCAUGAAGUUCGGCGCGGACCUGAAGAACAGCAUCGUGCCCGAGUGGCAGCACGGCUACAUCGCCUACGACGAGCUGAAGCGGCUCAUCAAGGAGCUGAGCUCGCUGGAGGGCGGCGCCAAGGAGAGCGCCGAGGAGGACUUCUUCAUGAUGCUCGAGGACGAGCUCGAGAAGGUGAACCGCUUCUACCUCGAGAAGAUCCAGGAGUUCGACGGCGAGCUCAAGGUCCUCGAGGGCCGGCCGCGGUCCGACUCGAACAGCGCGCUCGCGGCCGGCGGCGUGCCGUCCGACCGCAUGGUCGCGCUCCACGCGCAGAUCGGCCAGCUCCAGGCCUUCGUCUGGCUCAACACGCAGGGCUUCGAGAAGAUCAUGAAGAAGUACGACAAGUUCAUGGGCCUGCGCCACACGCCCGGGGCCAAGAGCCCCGACUUUGAGGCGCGGCUCCGGGGCGAGGUCUUCAAGUCCGAGCGCCUCGACGCGUGCCUCGAGAAGUUCAAGGCCACGCGGAGCCAGCUCAGCAGCGACGUCGGCGCCCUGGAGAUGAAGCUCAUCUCGGGCUCGGCGAACAAGCCCCUGGCCGAGGAGAUCUCCGCGCGGCUCGGCGUGCCGCUGUCGCCCGCCAAGGUCCGCCGCUUCAACGACGGCGAGGUCAACAUCCAGCUCUGCGACUCCGUGCGCGGCUGCGACGUCUACAUCGUCCAGCCGACGUGCCCGCCCGUCAACGACCACCUCGUGGAGCUGCUCCUGCUCAUCUCGGCCGCGCGGCGCGCGUCGGCCGCGUCCGUGACCGCCGUCGUGCCCUACUACGGCUACGCGCGCCAGGACCGCAAGGACCGGAGCCGCGUGCCCAUCUCCGCGGCGGACGUGGCGCGCAUGAUGGAGGCCAUGGGCGUGGACCGCGUCGUCUGCGUGGACCUGCACUGCGCGCAGAUCCAGGGCUUCUUCGGGCCCCGGACGCCCGUGGACAAUCUGUUCGCGGCGCCCAUCGCGGUGACGUACUUCAACAUGAAGGAUUUGGUGAAGCCCGUCAUCGUGUCGCCGGACGCCGGCGGCGUCGCGCGGGCCAAGCUCUUCAUGGAGGGGUUCUCGCGGUUGCCGGACCCGCCGGAGGUGUCGCUCGCGGUGAUCCUCAAGCAGCGCGUCGAGGCCGGCGUCGUGGGCACGAUGCACCUCGUGGGCUCCGUCGAGGGCUGCGACUGCAUCAUCGUCGACGACAUGAUCGACACGGCGGGCACGCUGACGGCCGCCGCGAACGAGCUGCGGAACUUCGGGGCGAAGCGCGUCUUCGCCUUCGCGACGCACGGCCUCUUCUCGGGGCCCGCCGCGGACCGCAUCGAGGCCUGCGUCCUCGAGGAGUGCGUCGUCGCCAACACCGUGCCCCUGAACCCGGCGGUCAAGGAGAAGACGCGCAAGAUCCGCCAGGUCAGCGUCGGCAAGCUCGUCGAGUCGGCGAUCCGCGGCAUCCACUGCGGCACGUCCGUGUCCGCGCUGUUCAACGCGGACCUCGGCGCGGACCUCCUCGCCUGAGAUGCCGGCGGCGCGCGGGGCAAGCCCGCGCGGGGGGGGGGGGCGCGCCACCAAGGGGGCGCCCUAAGGCCGCGGUCGCCUU